CGAAGCAGAGUCGACCUUGAAAAUUUUGACAACCGCAGCCGUUCUCGCUCGUGCCAAGAAGAAGCAGGAUUCAAAAAAUCGAUUUUUCCUGUUUUGCGCGACUGAAAACUCACCUGAGCAAGAGUGCGGUAUUACGAUCCACUAGUGUUUACAAAUGGAUCGCUAGAUGCGUUGACGAUCGUGGAAGCGUCCAGCGAAAAGAAAUUGCAAUAUCUGUCCCUUCGCUAAAUUAAGUACACUGAAAAUGAGCAGCGAUGAAGAGAUUCUGGUUGGCGAAUUAAAAGUGGUUUACGAUUUUGUGACGCGCGCAAAGUUCCGCAAAGCAUUCGGUGUCCUGCAGAAGCUGUUGCAGCAGAACACACCAGAGCUGACGGACGCUCCCAAAUGCGUGGAUGACAAGGACUCACUGGAGGAACUGUUUCUAUUCGUCGUCAGCAAAUACGCCGAUCAGCUCGAGCAGGAGGAAAAAUUCCAGCAGGUAUUCGAUAUUAUCGAACAAGGAUUGGAGCUGUUUCCCGAGCAUCCGGAGCUUUUGAACGAGACUGGUGUUCGUCUGCAGCGAUACGGCCGCUCGUUGGAGGCUUCGAUAUGCUUCGAGCGCGUCCUCUUGCAAGAUCCCAAAUAUCUGAAGGCAUAUCAAAAUCUCCAGAACACCAAGUGUGAGCUUGUCGAGCGAUGGCACUUCCGCAUGUUGAACGACGUGGUGCGGAACGCAGCCUACCGGGCGGCCAUCCAAAACCAGAUAAAGGCCGGCCACUGCGAAAUGCUGGACAUCGGGACAGGUACCGGACUGUUGUCGCUGUAUGCGCUUAACUGCGAAGGUAUCCGGAAGGUGGCCGCUUGCGAUGGGUCCGAGAUUAUGGUGCAGAUUGCGCGGGACGUUUUCGGUGCCAACGGGCUGAGCGAUAGGAUCUGUUUGUUUCAGAGUUUCUCGCAGGAUUUGAAGAUCGGAGACAAGUUCUCGCUGAUAGUGACGGAAACUUUGGACUCCGGGGCAUUUGGGGAGGGGAUUUUGGAGACGCUGAUACAUGCGAAAAGGAAUUUACUCUUUCCAGAGGGACGGAUCAUCCCUAGUCAGGUGUCGUUGCACGUGUCCGGUUACACGUCGCGUGCGCUUACCUCGAGCAAUAUUCUUAUCAACGAAGUUUUUAGCAGUGAUUUUAAUCUUCCAAGCAAUUGUUUGAUUUCGAAGGAAGGAAUCAAAUGCUACGAUGCAGAGGAUGUUAGUAGAAUUAAGGCAAAUGACGACUUCCUCUUCGUGACGGACACAGUAUGCGCGAUAACCGUUGAUUUCAAUGAUCUUGAAUGUUUGGAGCGAUGGCAGGAGGGACUGGAAGAAGGCCAAUUUGAGUUGGUCUGUUCCGACGAUGGCAUUUUGGAUGGUUUUGUUGUUUGGUUCGAUCUUUUCCUGGACGAAGAGAACAAAAUCAGUACGGAUCCGACGGCAAAUACCUGCUGGAAUCAAGCAAUAUUCAAAUUGAACCAAAGAUUACCAGUUACAAAGGAUCAACGCCUAACUUUGACCAUGACCUGUAAGGACGGUGCGCUUGCUCUCUCCCACAAUCUAAACUCCAUGGAUAAUCAAAUUAGUAUUGAUGAACACGUGCUUGAAUUUUUAAAUGAUUCUGAAUAUUAUAACAAGUUGACUACCGAUAUUGAGGUAUUAGAGGACUUAGAUAAAGUGUUAGAUUUAUCGCUUUUUCCUUACGCGGGGUUGAAGCUCCUCAAAGAGGGUAAAACAUCCGUUCUAUUCUGUUUGGAUCGCUCGGAGGAUUUGAUUGAAUUUCUCGCUAAUCAAAAUGACAUCCCGAUGUCGGCAAUCAUGCUGCUGAGCAGCCUACCGGAAGCAUUUCUAUUGAGCGAUUAUACGCUGGAUUUGAUCAUUCUUCAGCCGGUGGAUGUCUUCGGACAAAUGAAUAGCGAGCACUUCUGUCAGUAUCAAUCUCUCUAUCCCAAAUUAAAACCCACCGGAUCGAUUAUCCCUUCCCUUGUGGAGCUGCAUGGCAGUGUCAUUCGCUCCGAUUGGAUUGUCAAAUGUUGCCGUGUAGAGAAUCCCGAAUUGCACAAAUUCCACAUUGGAAGGUAUUUGUCGACGUUGGAAACCGAAAACCACCUCGAUCUCGGUCCUUUUACGUAUGAAAAUUUAUCGGAGCCAACCAAGCUGGCCGCGGUUCAUUUCGACGGAAAGCUUCACGAAGUGGGCAAGGAAUUGUCGCUUGAUGUACCGACCGAUGCGAAACAUAUCCAUGCCAUAUUAUACUAUUACCAGAUCGAAUUUGUACCGCAAAAGGAAUUUCUUAGCACCCAGCGGGGGCAAAGUUUUGCCAAGCGGUCCGCUUUUAUCAUUCCAAAAGAUGCAUUCCAGAGCGCCGCUAUGAUGCAGGAGGGGGAGGAGCAGGAAGACGACGCGGAUGGCGAUCAGAGUCUUACCAAAGUGGAAAAAGUCAAUAUUAAUAUAGUCCAAAAUCAUGGUGUUAUUAAGUGCAAUCUGUUUGAUUGCCAGUAGGAGGCAAUAAAAUCAAUAUACUAUUUACAAAUACAUACACAACAUUAUAAUAUGCUCGCACUUCUAUCAGAACCAAUAUGAUUAAACGAAAAGAGUGAUCUGACACACAAACACUUUCUGAGGACCCUACCUAGAGUACCUGUAGUAUUGCAGAAGGCUGGUUUCAAUGGUGUAGUCAAGAUAUCACACCCUUAUCAUACAUAUCACCU